AAUACUAGGGAAUUUAAUAUAGUAGAAUUUGUUAUUUAUACGUACAUUGAUAUGUACUAUGUCUUUUCUAUUAGCUAUUUUACGAUUGCCUAAAAUUACAAGAAAUAUUAUUUCUGUACAAUAUGCAACACAAUCUAAACCUUCUUCAGAUAAAAAGAAAGUAAAACCAGUUCGCCAAAAAAUAGAAAUACCAGUUGAAGAAGAUGUUAAUAAGUUAUUAAAUUAUGUAUGUGGAUUAAAUAUUUAUAAAGAUGGAGAAGAUGUAAAGCUAAAACCAGAUUCUGAAUAUCCUGAAUGGUUAUGGAAUAUCAGAAUUGAAAAAUUGCAAUUAUCAGAUUUAGAUCCUAAUACAAAACAAUAUUGGAGACUUAUUCGCAAACAAGCACUGAGAAGAAAAAAUGAAAUGCGUAAACAUCAAAAACCUAAAAAUUAAAAAUUCUAUUCCAAAUCUCAAAUAUUUUAAUUUUAUUAUUCUUCUUAAUUGCAAUUUAAUAGCAAGUAAUAUAUUUCAUUAAAAUAUUGUUAAUAAAAAUAUGUGUAAAUAAAAUUUUAUUUAUAAAAAAUAAA